AUGUGUCGCUGGUUUGCCUACAUCUCGCCUGCUGAGCCGACUCUGCUUUCAGACGUUCUCAUCACUCCCGCCAAUGCCAUCACCAAACAGUGCUCUGAGCACUACCUUCCAUAUCUCCUUCCACAUGGCGAAGAAAAGGAGUUGGACGAUGCUCCUGAUGCACUUCUGCGGAUGCGCAACUCGCUCUUGAACAUGGACGGCCUCGGAGUCGCCUGGUACACCCCCUCAGCUUCGGCCUACACCAACAAGAAAUCCGGCAUGAGACCCGCGCUCUACAAAUCCCAAUCCCCACCCACCAACGACUUCAACUUCCGCAGUCUCUGCGAGAACACCGAGUCCAACUGUCUCCUCUCCCACAUCCGUGCCACCAGCGGCAGCGUCGUCACGCCCGUCAACAGCCACCCCUUCGUCUUCGGCCGGCACACCUUCAUGCACAACGGCGUCGUCUCCGACUUCACCAAGAUCCGGCGUGACAUGAGUCACCUGAUGGCGUAUGAUGCGUAUGAAAACGUCCGCGGCGCCACCGACAGCGAGCACGCCGCAGGCCUCUACAUGACCAACCUCUGCGGCGCCAACAGCACCGCCGCGGACUGGGAGAAAACCUACCCGCUCUCCGCCAUGAAGGACGCCCUACAGAAAACUCUCGUCGACAUCCUCGCCCUCCAGCACAGCAUCCUCGGGACGAAGAAGGCGCCCAACAGCCUCAACUUCUGCACCACCGACGGCGAGAAAAUGGUCACCUGCCGCUUCCGCAACCACGCCACGCAACAGCCCCCCUCGCUUUACUGGAGUGAGUUUGCUGGCCGCACGCUGAAUCGCAAGUAUCCUGGGGAUCCAGAUGGGUUGCGGGAGAAUGAGGAGGUAACGGAAGGUGGGGAGGGGAGGGUCGGGAAGCAUACGAUUGUGAGUAGUGAGCCGACGACGUAUGAUGAGGGGGAGUGGCAUUUGAUUGGGAAGAAUUGUCUUUUGCUGGUGGAUGAGAGGGGGGUGGAGACGGAGGUGGGGGUGGUGUUUGAUGAAAAAGUGCUGAAUGCUGAGUAG